AUGCCAUCCAUCCUCGAAGACCCCUCCACGCGCAUCCCUCCACCCCCCUCUCACACCAUGGCUGCAUCAUCUCUCAAACCACGACCCACCACCCUCCCCAAGGCAUCAAAUGCCGGUCUGACGCUCUACCCCAUCGCCAACGGUGCCGAGAAUGUCCCGCGCGAUCUGGUCAGAUUCCUCCAUGCAGAAUUCAGUGCGGAGAUCGUGCGUGGAGGCACAUAUCCCAUGGAGCAGCCGAUGGAACUUGACCAGUUUGCGUCGUACUGGUUUGGGACCUUUGCGGUUGUGGCGGUGCUGGAUCUGGAUGAGGGCGAGGACGGCGAGAAGGCGAAGGUGGAUGAAGCUGAGGCUGGGGCUGGGGCUGGGGCUGGGGCUGGUGGACUGCGAGAGGGUCGGAAUUGGGAAAAGGUGUGCUUGGGCACGUUUUAUAUUAAACCAAAUUAUCCUGAGGGAGUGCAGAAUGCAGAACCUCGACAGUUCGCUCUCGUGUCGGGCGGGGGGACAACGGGCUCAAUCACAGUGCGUCGCUGCUCGCACAUCUGCAAUGCAGGCUUCCUCACAACAACGGCAGCCCGAGGCAAGGGCGUGGGCCAGCAAAUGGGUGAAGCAUACCUGCAUUUUGCGCCCCAAUUAGGCUACAAAUACUCUGUCUUCAAUCUGGUCUUUGCCAACAAUCCGGCCUCGAUCCGAAUCUGGGAGAAACUCGGCUUCAGCGUCAUUGGACGGGUGCCCAAGGCGGCCAGACUUGCCAAUAGCGAGGAACUAGUGGAUGCGUUGAUCUUCGGUCGUGAACUGGGGAACUGA